CUUUGGACCUUUUUGUCGCUCGGGAAAUGCACAGGGCCACGACAGAGAUGCAGUCGGCCACGGAGGGCCCUCUGUCUUCGUCAAAGACCAGCCCCCUACCCCAGAACUUCAAGGCUGCUGCCGGGAAGUAUCAGCCCAUGCUGCGGAACAAGAGUGCCUCGGCCUCGGCAUCCGGCAUGGACCUGGAGCAUUUCGACCACUCCGACGACAGCAACAUGAGCCAGGUGCCCAUCAUUGGCUUCUUCGAACUCACAGCCCCGGGAUUGCAGCAGGUCAGUUAGAGAACACCAGCUGAUCUGUUGCUGUGGGGAUGAUCAUUCGGUGACGGUCGUGUGUACAUGCAGCUUCGAGGCGACCAGAGUAUCCCUCUCGGUGCCAUAUCUAUGACCCCCGCCCAGACACGCGAGCAAUCGCUUGCUCCCCCAAAGCAGCCGGGGGUCAACUUUGCCAUGGGAGGCAAGAGGCGGACAUCUCUGUCGUCUGCAGGGGGCGAUCGGGAGAGAAUUCCCUUCCGCGACGUGUCCAUGGUCAGCGGCGGGCGAAGGGGAUCUCGUGAGAGCGUUGCAACCACCACGCUUCGCGGAAGGGGUGGUCGAUGCGGCGACCUGGUUAUAAGAUGGCAGUCGCUCAUCAAGAGGUUGCCGUUCGUUGCUAAGGCCAUCACUGCAUUCUAUCGGUGAGUAAGCGCUUGCAGAUGGAUACAGCAUGCAUCUGUGUGCAUCCUCCACCAAAUAUGAUACGUGAACUGUUCAGGAUAAUAUAUGUGGUCGACUAUUACCUUGAUGCGGUUGUGGCUGAGGGUCUGUACGAGCAGGCUGAGGAGGGCAGCUACCCGUACCUGUUUUACUUGCUGAUGGUAAGCUCUAUUGACAGCUACACCGACUGAGCACAUCGCAAAAUGACCUCCCUCUUUCAUGUGUCCAUCCGCUGACAUCAUGGUGGAUCAGGUCAUUCGAUUGUCGUCCCAUUCGGCGUACUCGUAGCGCUUCUCUUUGGGGCGUACUCGAAGAUUUAUGUCUUUGACCCAGGUAGGUAGCUGUGAAAAGGGACAGGGGGGCUGCAGAUGGCAGAGACAUUUAUCCUUUGUCAAUAUGUUGUGUCGAGCAGUUCGGAAGUUCAACAAGAUUGAGCGAUUCUUCCUGCUGACGUUUUACCCUAUCAUCGUAUCGAUUGCAUGUCUCACCACCGACAUCGCCCUCGCAACAUGGUGCCACGCACGCCACAGAGCCAUUCAGCACAAGCGUCUCACACAUUGCGUACAAAUUAUCUGCUGUCAGGUACGUAGUCAACGAUCUGGAGGACACGAAGCUGCUUCAGUUCUACAACCAAUUGCGGUCUCUCGUAGUGACCAUCGCAGCCACGCCUAUCCAGCUCGGCCUGCAAAUUGCAAUCAUUUUCCUCGCCAAUGUACGCGAGCAACAGAGGAAGAAGGAAAAAUCACAUGGGCAGUGGGAUGGUGCGGUGCAUUCAUGCACUUCAGGAGCCGCCAUCCGCCGACUUCAUGGUGGGUGUUCUGAUAUCGGUCAUCCGAGGGGUGGGCUCUAUCAGGUAAGCUAAUGGUUGAGGUGAGUGAGACACACAUGCUCCCAUAGCCGUCUGCUGUCCUCUGAUUGCUCAGUGCGAUCGUCGUCAACGCCCACGUGAGACAGCUGAGUGUUUGGAGCUAUAUGGAGGUGGUCAUCAACCUGGGCGUUGGCCAGCUGCCCUUCCUGGGCGGCAUCAAGAAAGAUAAAAUAAGAUUUGCCACAUACGAUAACAUGGAGCUGGACCCCCUGGUCAGAUGAGUCCCACUGACAGCGUCACGGCGGCCAUACACAGAUACGUCGUCUGUCUCAUUCUUUGCAGGAUUUGGGUCAGCUGAGCAAAGCGCUGAAGGACAACCGAUCUCUUGUGGUGCUGAAGGCCAACAACUGCGGCAUCCAACACAUGACGGUCGACCCCAUGUUAAGAUCUGACUCGGGUAAAAGAGAGGCAUACAUCACUUGGUCCUUCUUCGUCAACCUGUAUCCUUGUCAUUUCAGCACGCUCUCACGUACUGUCGGCCUCGGGUGAGUGCUAGACAGACGGAUAUACCAGACGGACUCACAGCGACUUCAUGUUUGUGUCUUCUCGGUGCAGGCCGGUCGCGAGCGCAAUCCGUCUUCUCAGACAGAUCCAGUGGCCUAGAUGCACGGCAGGCGGCAUACCUAGAAGGAGCAGACGCGCUUGAAGAGCCAAAGACCGACUACGUAACACACAUCCACCCAUUGCGCCACAAAUUCAAUCUCAGAUGUGUAUUCGGGUUUUUGUGUGUACAGGUCCGGGCCAAGCGGAUGUCGAGCGGCAAUGUACCCAGUCGGGGCGUGGCAGCAACCAAGUUCCUGAUGGCGUGUGCCAAAUCCAAGUCACUGCAGCAGCUUGAUCUGGCAGAAAACCAGGUGAGAUCCAUCUCAUAGAGCACACAGACGACAGGGACGCUUCAUUUGGUUUGUGUCUCGUGUUCAGAUCCCUCAUAAGCCGCUAAAGCGGCUGUUGGCCGGCAACAAGAAGCUGAAGUCGCUUUCGCUCGCCAACAAUAGGCUAGGAGACAAAGGUGAGCGCGUGCACAUCCAUAAGCUGUAUGUGUGUUGACCGCAUCUGAUACCUCCUGUAUGUUUGUGUGCAGGUGCCGCCACGCUGUGUGAGGGUCUGUGUGAGAACCGCGUCUUGGAGUACCUGGAUAUCUCCGGCAACGCGAUUCACGGAGACAUUGUCCUCACUCUCGCAAAUGCCAUCGCACAGUCGCAGAUCAAAUCGCUCGACCUCAACAGAAACUGUCAGUCAGACCGACAACACAGCACACCACAUGCAGGCCCACAGGCAACGAGCGUCCCUCCCCUCUCUCUCUGUGUGUUGUGCAGUCAUCGGCCCGGCCAUGACGGUGAAGUUCGUGAGUGUGCUGAAGGAGGCAGAGAGCGUCUCGCUGCAGCACCUCUCAUACGCAGGCAACUUCACCAAGGUCAGAAGCAAAAACCAGCCACAAGUUAGGCAUCAACGGUCUCUCUCUCCACCUGUCUGUGUGCAGGACAGCGGUGCUCUCGCAUUCGCCGAGUGGUUGGAGAAAGAGCCCCCUCCGCCGAUGGAGGAGCUGGACUUGAGCAAAAACUACAUCACACGGGAGGGCCUUUUCGGCCUCAAACGUGCCGUUCUCUCGCAGCAGCCAAAGGUCAUGGCAAACCUGGUGCUGCUCGAUAAUCUUAUCUGGGGUAAGACGGCCACUUGCGAGGGAGAGAGAGAGAGACAUGGGUGGCUUCGUCUCAAACGUGCUGUGUAGAGGACACUCUGACAGAGUUGCCGCCCGACGCGCUGGUGGUCAUGUCGGUCAACACAAUGCCGCACAAGGAGAAAGAGCCGCCGGCCAUGCAGAGGGAAGCGACGGUCGCAUCAUCCUCAACAGUCAGGACGGCAGAGGACCUCGAGCUAGAGAGAGCCGAGUUCACCGACUCAUACAGGACACACGUCGCACUGCAGGUGGGCGUCCAUCCCCACCCAUAUACAGCUUUCUGAGCGACAUGUGUGUCUUUUCUCCCGCCUCAGGACCACCAGCACAAAAGGUUGUUCGACAUUCUCAACGCCAUAAUCGAUUGCCGCAUCGAGAUACACCAAGCCAGGCUUACUGAGCUCGAGGCAUCGCCACAACCACCAAAAGACAACAACAACAACGACGACGUUGCAAUCGCCAUCCGGACUCAGAUGUGCCGGUAGAAGGGCCAAUUGCCAGAGUGUCCUUGGAGAACUUCCCGCCUGCCCAUGCCCAUAUCGAC